AUGGGUCCGGUGUUCAGUAGUACAGCAUCUCACACAGACAUGGACUGUUAACGUUAGCUGCACUGUACACAUUUACGUUGGAUCGGGCAGUUUAGAGGUAGAGUUAGUCUGCAACGUCGUGGUAGCUUAAAAAGAAUCCGAAUAAUGAUGCGUUUCAUGCUGCUGUUCAGCCGGCAGGGGAAGCUGCGGCUGCAGAAAUGGUACACAGCCACAGCUGAGCGGGACAAGAAGAAGAUGGUCAGGGAGCUGAUGCAGAUAGUGCUGGCCCGCAAACCAAAGAUGUGCAGCUUCUUAGAAUGGAGAGACCUCAAGAUUGUUUAUAAAAGGUAUGCCAGCCUCUAUUUCUGUUGUGCAAUUGAAGAACAGGACAAUGAGCUGAUCACACUGGAAGUCAUUCAUCGCUUUGUAGAGCUGCUGGAUAAAUACUUUGGCAGUGUAUGUGAGCUGGACAUCAUCUUCAACUUUGAGAAGGCCUACUUCAUUCUGGAUGAGUUCCUGAUGGGAGGAGAGAUCCAGGACACGUCUAAGAAGAGCGUCCUCAAAGCCAUUGAACAAGCUGACCUACUGCAGGAGGAAGACGAGUCACCCAGGAGUGUGUUGGAGGAGAUGGGCCUGGCGUAGUACAUAGCACCGGUGUGAGAGACUAUAGAUACUUAGGCAGAGGGCUGGAUGAGGGGGGGCGGGGGGAAUCUGGGGUUGAACAUGCUUGGACUGACAGCACUGUUCUGUGUAUAUGUGGCUGUGAGGACUGAUGUACAGUGUUGAACUGGGA